AUGUUUGCCCGUCGCUGCGCUCGUCUGGCUACCUCGCGGACCGCUGUCCCCUUGAGCUCCUACCUGGCCCGUGUGAGACAGUACUCCUCUGGCCCAAGCUAUGAGCACAUCCUCACAUCUACCCCCAAGCCUGGAGUCGGCCUGAUCACUCUCAACCGACCCAAGGCCCUCAACGCCCUAUGCAGCCCUCUCUUUACCGAGCUCAAUGACGCCCUGACCAAGUACGACAAUGACAAUGGUAUCGGCGCAAUCAUCAUCACCGGAAGCGAGAAGGCUUUCGCUGGUACCCGGCGCCGACAUCAAAGAAAUGGCCCCCUAACCUUCGCCGCCGCCUACACAAACAACUUCAUCGCCCCCUGGUCGCACCUCGCCAACACAAUCCGCAAACCCGUCAUCGCCGCCGUAUCCGGCUACGCGCUCGGCGGCGGCUGCGAACUCGCCAUGAUGUGCGACAUCCUCUACUGCACCUCGAACGCGACCUUCGGACAACCCGAGAUCAAGCUCGGCACCAUCCCCGGCGCCGGCGGCUCGCAGCGUCUCACCCGCGCCAUUGGCAAGAGCAAGGCUAUGGAGCUUAUUCUGACGGGUAAGAACUUUAGUGGCAAGGAGGCUGGGGAGUGGGGGCUUGCGGCGCAGGUUGUUGAUGGGGGGAAGGAGGAGUUGUUGGAGGUUGCGGUUAAGACUGCGGAGACUAUUGCGGGGUAUAGCCGGGUUGCUGUUGUUGCGGGUAAGGAGGUUGUGAAUAAGAGUCAGGAGUUGUCGUUGCGGGAGGGUGUUGAGUUUGAGCGGAGACUUUUCCACAGUUUGUUUGGAAGUAAGGAUCAGAAGAUUGGUAUGACUGCUUUUGCUGAGAAGAAGAAGGCUGAGUGGUCCAACGAGUAA